AUGCCUGAGAUUGCAGAAGUUGAGAAUGCUCGGCGCAAAUGUCAUCUCAAUUGUGUUGGACGUAAAAUAGUCAAAGUAGAAGUACAACCAGACCCAAUUGUAUUUGCAGGAAAAGAACCAGCAGAUAUUGUAAAAGUAUUGGAAAAUAAGAAAGUUGUGGAUACAAAAAGAUGGGGGAAAUAUUUUGUGUUAAGCAAGUAUAAGCAAUACAGCUGGUAUAUUUUUUCGAUGCUAAAUGAAAAACAAUACAUAUGUACACCAAAUGGCCUCAUAAAUAUAGUGCUUGAUAAAGGGCCCCACCUGGUGUGUCAUUUUGGAAUGACAGGCACACUCAAGUUUAAACAUAACGUAGAUAAUUUGCAGCUACACAAUGAUAAGCAAGCCAAAGACUCGACCUGGCCACCUAGAUUCUACAAAAUAUUGCUCACAUUAAAAGGUCCUCAAGACAAAUCCCCUAUGGAUAUGGCACUGACGGACAGUCGUCGGUUGGGCCGUAUUCGGCUAGUUGGCGGAGAUCCACUCAAGAGUGAGCCGAUCUCUAAACUUGGUUUUGAUCCAAUAUUGAAUCUACCCAAUGAAGACACCUUUACAGCUUUGGUUCAAAAACGUGCCAUGCCUAUCAAAGCAUUGUUACUGGAUCAGUCAUUUUCUGCGCAAUUUACUUACACAAAGACUUUAAAAUUUGGCGUGGGUAAUUGGGUAGCCGAUGAAAUCCUGUAUCAUUCCCAUAUCCACCCUGCACAAUAUGCAAACACUCUUUCGACAGCACAGUGCCACACGCUUCAUCAAAAUAUGGAGUAUGUUUGUCGGACUGCAGUCGAAGCAGACGCAGAUUCUUCACUCUUUCCUGACAACUGGAUAAUGAACUAUCGGUGGAAAAAAGGCAAAGGCAAAGGAAAUGGUGUUUUACCUAAUGGACAAGUUAUGGCGUUUGAGACGGUCGGUGGUCGAACAAGCUGUUUUGUACCUGAAGUCCAGGUUCUUCCCGAGAGUCAAAAGACAAAAUCUGAAGUAAAGACCAAGGUUAAAAAGAGACCUAUCAAAGAAGAAAAUGACCAAAUUACGGAAUGUAUUAAGAAAGAUGGGAUGUCAAGAGCUGAGCGUUAUAUAAAACGUGCAAAGACUAAAGCAAAUAGCUUGAGUGUUUAG